CGGCGGGGGACGUGGUGGUUGCUGCAGCUGGCGGGGCAGCGCUGGAUGAUUACUCGGCGGCGGGGGACGUGGUGGUUGCUGCAGCUGGCGGGGCAGCGCUGGAUGAUUACUCGGCGGCGGGGGACGUGGUGGUUGCUGCAGCUGGCGGGGCAGCGCUGGAUGAUUACUCGGCGGCGGGGGACGUGGUGGUUGCUGCAGCUGGCGGGGCAGCGCUGGAUGAUUACUCGGCGGCGGGGGACGUGGUGGUUGCUGCAGCUGGCGGGGCAGCGCUGGAUGAUUACUCGGCGGCGGGGGACGUGGUGGUUGCUGCAGCUGGCGGGGCAGCGCUGGAUGAUUACUCGGCGGCGGGGGACGUGGUGGUUGCUGCAGCUGGCGGGGCAGCGCUGGAUGAUUACUCGGCGGCGGGGGACGUGGUGGUUGCUGCAGCUGGCGGGGCAGCGCUGGAUGAUUACUCGGCGGCGGGGGACGUGGUGGUUGCUGCAGCUGGCGGGGCAGCGCUGGAUGAUUACUCGGCGGCGGGGGACGUGGUGGUUGCUGCAGCUGGCGGGGCAGCGCUGGAUGAUUACUCGGCGGCGGGGGACGUGGUGGUUGCUGCAGCUGGCGGGGCAGCGCUGGAUGAUUACUCGGCGGCGGGGGACGUGGUGGUUGCUGCAGCUGGCGGGGCAGCGCUGGAUGAUUACUCGGCGGCGGGGGACGUGGUGGUUGCUGCAGCUGGCGGGGCAGCGCUGGAUGAUUACUCGGCGGCGGGGGACGUGGUGGUUGCUGCAGCUGGCGGGGCAGCGCUGGAUGAUUACUCGGCGGCGGGGGACGUGGUGGUUGCUGCAGCUGGCGGGGCAGCGCUGGAUGAUUACUCGGCGGCGGGGGACGUGGUGGUUGCUGCAGCUGGCGGGGCAGCGCUGGAUGAUUACUCGGCGGCGGGGGACGUGGUGGUUGCUGCAGCUGGCGGGGCAGCGCUGGAUGAUUACUCGGCGGCGGGGGACGUGGUGGUUGCUGCAGCUGGCGGGGCAGCGCUGGAUGAUUACUCGGCGGCGGGGGACGUGGUGGUUGCUGCAGCUGGCGGGGCAGCGCUGGAUGAUUACUCGGCGGCGGGGGACGUGGUGGUUGCUGCAGCUGGCGGGGCAGCGCUGGAUGAUUACUCGGCGGCGGGGGACGUGGUGGUUGCUGCAGCUGGCGGGGCAGCGCUGGAUGAUUACUCGGCGGCGGGGGACGUGGUGGUUGCUGCAGCUGGCGGGGCAGCGCUGGAUGAUUACUCGGCGGCGGGGGACGUGGUGGUUGCUGCAGCUGGCGGGGCAGCGCUGGAUGAUUACUCGGCGGCGGGGGACGUGGUGGUUGCUGCAGCUGGCGGGGCAGCGCUGGAUGAUUACUCGGCGGCGGGGGACGUGGUGGUUGCUGCAGCUGGCGGGGCAGCGCUGGAUGAUUACUCGGCGGCGGGGGACGUGGUGGUUGCUGCAGCUGGCGGGGCAGCGCUGGAUGAUUACUCGGCGGCGGGGGACGUGGUGGUUGCUGCAGCUGGCGGGGCAGCGCUGGAUGAUUACUCGGCGGCGGGGGACGUGGUGGUUGCUGCAGCUGGCGGGGCAGCGCUGGAUGAUUACUCGGCGGCGGGGGACGUGGUGGUUGCUGCAGCUGGCGGGGCAGCGCUGGAUGAUUACUCGGCGGCGGGGGACGUGGUGGUUGCUGCAGCUGGCGGGGCAGCGCUGGAUGAUUACUCGGCGGCGGGGGACGUGGUGGUUGCUGCAGCUGGCGGGGCAGCGCUGGAUGAUUACUCGGCGGCGGGGGACGUGGUGGUUGCUGCAGCUGGCGGGGCAGCGCUGGAUGAUUACUCGGCGGCGGGGGACGUGGUGGUUGCUGCAGCUGGCGGGGCAGCGCUGGAUGAUUACUCGGCGGCGGGGGACGUGGUGGUUGCUGCAGCUGGCGGGGCAGCGCUGGAUGAUUACUCGGCGGCGGGGGACGUGGUGGUUGCUGCAGCUGGCGGGGCAGCGCUGGAUGAUUACUCGGCGGCGGGGGACGUGGUGGUUGCUGCAGCUGGCGGGGCAGCGCUGGAUGAUUACUCGGCGGCGGGGGACGUGGUGGUUGCUGCAGCUGGCGGGGCAGCGCUGGAUGAUUACUCGGCGGCGGGGGACGUGGUGGUUGCUGCAGCUGGCGGGGCAGCGCUGGAUGAUUACUCGGCGGCGGGGGACGUGGUGGUUGCUGCAGCUGGCGGGGCAGCGCUGGAUGAUUACUCGGCGGCGGGGGACGUGGUGGUUGCUGCAGCUGGCGGGGCAGCGCUGGAUGAUUACUCGGCGGCGGGGGACGUGGUGGUUGCUGCAGCUGGCGGGGCAGCGCUGGAUGAUUACUCGGCGGCGGGGGACGUGGUGGUUGCUGCAGCUGGCGGGGCAGCGCUGGAUGAUUACUCGGCGGCGGGGGACGUGGUGGUUGCUGCAGCUGGCGGGGCAGCGCUGGAUGAUUACUCGGCGGCGGGGGACGUGGUGGUUGCUGCAGCUGGCGGGGCAGCGCUGGAUGAUUACUCGGCGGCGGGGGACGUGGUGGUUGCUGCAGCUGGCGGGGCAGCGCUGGAUGAUUACUCGGCGGCGGGGGACGUGGUGGUUGCUGCAGCUGGCGGGGCAGCGCUGGAUGAUUACUCGGCGGCGGGGGACGUGGUGGUUGCUGCAGCUGGCGGGGCAGCGCUGGAUGAUUACUCGGCGGCGGGGGACGUGGUGGUUGCUGCAGCUGGCGGGGCAGCGCUGGAUGAUUACUCGGCGGCGGGGGACGUGGUGGUUGCUGCAGCUGGCGGGGCAGCGCUGGAUGAUUACUCGGCGGCGGGGGACGUGGUGGUUGCUGCAGCUGGCGGGGCAGCGCUGGAUGAUUACUCGGCGGCGGGGGACGUGGUGGUUGCUGCAGCUGGCGGGGCAGCGCUGGAUGAUUACUCGGCGGCGGGGGACGUGGUGGUUGCUGCAGCUGGCGGGGCAGCGCUGGAUGAUUACUCGGCGGCGGGGGACGUGGUGGUUGCUGCAGCUGGCGGGGCAGCGCUGGAUGAUUACUCGGCGGCGGGGGACGUGGUGGUUGCUGCAGCUGGCGGGGCAGCGCUGGAUGAUUACUCGGCGGCGGGGGACGUGGUGGUUGCUGCAGCUGGCGGGGCAGCGCUGGAUGAUUACUCGGCGGCGGGGGACGUGGUGGUUGCUGCAGCUGGCGGGGCAGCGCUGGAUGAUUACUCGGCGGCGGGGGACGUGGUGGUUGCUGCAGCUGGCGGGGCAGCGCUGGAUGAUUACUCGGCGGCGGGGGACGUGGUGGUUGCUGCAGCUGGCGGGGCAGCGCUGGAUGAUUACUCGGCGGCGGGGGACGUGGUGGUUGCUGCAGCUGGCGGGGCAGCGCUGGAUGAUUACUCGGCGGCGGGGGACGUGGUGGUUGCUGCAGCUGGCGGGGCAGCGCUGGAUGAUUACUCGGCGGCGGGGGACGUGGUGGUUGCUGCAGCUGGCGGGGCAGCGCUGGAUGAUUACUCGGCGGCGGGGGACGUGGUGGUUGCUGCAGCUGGCGGGGCAGCGCUGGAUGAUUACUCGGCGGCGGGGGACGUGGUGGUUGCUGCAGCUGGCGGGGCAGCGCUGGAUGAUUACUCGGCGGCGGGGGACGUGGUGGUUGCUGCAGCUGGCGGGGCAGCGCUGGAUGAUUACUCGGCGGCGGGGGACGUGGUGGUUGCUGCAGCUGGCGGGGCAGCGCUGGAUGAUUACUCGGCGGCGGGGGACGUGGUGGUUGCUGCAGCUGGCGGGGCAGCGCUGGAUGAUUACUCGGCGGCGGGGGACGUGGUGGUUGCUGCAGCUGGCGGGGCAGCGCUGGAUGAUUACUCGGCGGCGGGGGACGUGGUGGUUGCUGCAGCUGGCGGGGCAGCGCUGGAUGAUUACUCGGCGGCGGGGGACGUGGUGGUUGCUGCAGCUGGCGGGGCAGCGCUGGAUGAUUACUCGGCGGCGGGGGACGUGGUGGUUGCUGCAGCUGGCGGGGCAGCGCUGGAUGAUUACUCGGCGGCGGGGGACGUGGUGGUUGCUGCAGCUGGCGGGGCAGCACUGGAUGAUUACUCGGCGGCGGGGGACGUGGUGGUUGCUGCAGCUGGCGGGGCAGCGCUGGAUGAUUACUCGGCGGCGGGGGACGUGGUGGUUGCUGCAGCUGGCGGGGCAGCGCUGGAUGAUUACUCGGCGGCGGGGGACGUGGUGGUUGCUGCAGCUGGCGGGGCAGCGCUGGAUGAUUACUCGGCGGCGGGGGACGUGGUGGUUGCUGCAGCUGGCGGGGCAGCGCUGGAUGAUUACUCGGCGGCGGGGGACGUGGUGGUUGCUGCAGCUGGCGGGGCAGCGCUGGAUGUUUACUCGGCGGCGGGGGACGUGGUGGUUGCUGCAGCUGGCGGGGCAGCGCUGGAUGAUUACUCGGCGGCGGGGGACGUGGUGGUUGCUGCAGCUGGCGGGGCAGCGCUGGAUGAUUACUCGGCGGCGGGGGACGUGGUGGUUGCUGCAGCUGGCGGGGCAGCGCUGGAUGAUUACUCGGCGGCGGGGGACGUGGUGGUUGCUGCAGCUGGCGGGGCAGCGCUGGAUGAUUACUCGGCGGCGGGGGACGUGGUGGUUGCUGCAGCUGGCGGGGCAGCGCUGGAUGAUUACUCGGCGGCGGGGGACGUGGUGGUUGCUGCAGCUGGCGGGGCAGCGCUGGAUGAUUACUCGGCGGCGGGGGACGUGGUGGUUGCUGCAGCUGGCGGGGCAGCGCUGGAUGAUUACUCGGCGGCGGGGGACGUGGUGGUUGCUGCAGCUGGCGGGGCAGCGCUGGAUGAUUACUCGGCGGCGGGGGACGUGGUGGUUGCUGCAGCUGGCGGGGCAGCGCUGGAUGAUUACUCGGCGGCGGGGGACGUGGUGGUUGCUGCAGCUGGCGGGGCAGCGCUGGAUGAUUACUCGGCGGCGGGGGACGUGGUGGUUGCUGCAGCUGGCGGGGCAGCGCUGGAUGAUUACUCGGCGGCGGGGGACGUGGUGGUUGCUGCAGCUGGCGGGGCAGCGCUGGAUGAUUACUCGGCGGCGGGGGACGUGGUGGUUGCUGCAGCUGGCGGGGCAGCGCUGGAUGAUUACUCGGCGGCGGGGGACGUGGUGGUUGCUGCAGCUGGCGGGGCAGCGCUGGAUGAUUACUCGGGGCCGUCGUAUUACCCCUCUGCUGCGUAUGCGACUGUGAAUGGAGAGACAGCGGCGGGGGACGUGGUGGUUGCUGCAGCUGGCGGGGCAGCGCUGGAUGAUUACUCGGGGCCGUCGUAUUACCCCUCUGCUGCGUAUGCGACUGUGAAUGGAGAGACAGCGGCGGGGGACGUGGUGGUUGCUGCAGCUGGCGGGGCAGCGCUGGAUGAUUACUCGGCGGCGGGGGACGUGGUGGUUGCUGCAGCUGGCGGGGCAGCGCUGGAUGAUUACUCGGCGGCGGGGGACGUGGUGGUUGCUGCAGCUGGCGGGGCAGCGCUGGAUGAUUACUCGGCGGCGGGGGACGUGGUGGUUGCUGCAGCUGGCGGGGCAGCGCUGGAUGUUUACUCGGCGGCGGGGGACGUGGUGGUUGCUGCAGCUGGCGGGGCAGCGCUGGAUGAUUACUCGGCGGCGGGGGACGUGGUGGUUGCUGCAGCUGGCGGGGCAGCGCUGGAUGAUUACUCGGCGGCGGGGGACGUGGUGGUUGCUGCAGCUGGCGGGGCAGCGCUGGAUGAUUACUCGGCGGCGGGGGACGUGGUGGUUGCUGCAGCUGGCGGGGCAGCGCUGGAUGAUUACUCGGCGGCGGGGGACGUGGUGGUUGCUGCAGCUGGCGGGGCAGCGCUGGAUGAUUACUCGGCGGCGGGGGACGUGGUGGUUGCUGCAGCUGGCGGGGCAGCGCUGGAUGAUUACUCGGCGGCGGGGGACGUGGUGGUUGCUGCAGCUGGCGGGGCAGCGCUGGAUGAUUACUCGGCGGCGGGGGACGUGGUGGUUGCUGCAGCUGGCGGGGCAGCGCUGGAUGAUUACUCGGCGGCGGGGGACGUGGUGGUUGCUGCAGCUGGCGGGGCAGCGCUGGAUGAUUACUCGGCGGCGGGGGACGUGGUGGUUGCUGCAGCUGGCGGGGCAGCGCUGGAUGAUUACUCGGCGGCGGGGGACGUGGUGGUUGCUGCAGCUGGCGGGGCAGCGCUGGAUGAUUACUCGGCGGCGGGGGACGUGGUGGUUGCUGCAGCUGGCGGGGCAGCGCUGGAUGAUUACUCGGCGGCGGGGGACGUGGUGGUUGCUGCAGCUGGCGGGGCAGCGCUGGAUGAUUACUCGGCGGCGGGGGACGUGGUGGUUGCUGCAGCUGGCGGGGCAGCGCUGGAUGAUUACUCGGCGGCGGGGGACGUGGUGGUUGCUGCAGCUGGCGGGGCAGCGCUGGAUGAUUACUCGGGGCCGUCGUAUUACCCCUCUGCUGCGGAUGCGACUGUGAACACGGAGGGAGAGGCGGGAGACGUGGUGGUUGCUGCAGCUGGCGGGGCAGCGCUGGAUGAUUACUCGGGGUACAUGGGGUUUGCUGCGGCAGUGCGGUACGGCGACUACAUGACAGCAGGCAUAGACGAGGAGGGCAACGCAUGGGGCGCUGUGCAGUAUGUGCCGGGGAGACCAAGAACCCACUGGACCAACUGGGCUACUUAUAUCUUCAAGGUGCAGCUGUAA